AUGUAUACAGCAGUGCCAUUAGAUGAUGUCUUUAGUGCAGUCCGAUUAGAAGAUGCUGAAACAGGUAGGGAAAGUGAAGUUAGAUUAGAUGAUGUUGAAAUAGGUAGAGAAAGUGAGGUUAGAUCAGAUGAUGGUAAAACAGGUAGAGAAGGUGAUUUUAAAUUAGAUGAUGGUAAAACAGGUAGAAAACGUGAUAUUAGAUUUGAUGGUGGUAAAAUAGGUAGAGAAAGUGAAGUUAGUGAGAAAUUAGGUAAUGCUGAUGAAGGCAUGUAUACAGCAGUGCGAUUAGAUAAUGUCUCUAGUGCAGUAAGAUUAGAUGAUGUUGAAAUAGGUAGAGAAAGUGAGGUUAGAUUAGAUGAUGGUAAAAUAGGUAGAGAAGGUGAGAUUAAAUUAGAUGAUAGUAAAACAGGUAGAGAAGGUGAUGUUAAAUUAGAUGAUGGUAAAACAGAUAGAGAAAGUGAUGUUAGAUUUGAUGAUGGUAAAAUAGGUAGAGAAAGUGAGAUUAGAUCAGAUGAUGGUAAAACAGGUAGAGAAGGUGAUGUUAAAUUUGAUGACGUAAAACAGGUAGAGAAAGUGAUGUUAGGUUUAAUGAUGUUUAAAAUAGAUAGAGAAAGUGAAGUUAGAUUGAAUGAUGAUGAAAUAGGUAGAGCAAGUGAAGUUAUAUCAGAUGGUACUGAAGUAGGCAGAAAAAGUAAUAAUAGACUAGAUGAUGUUGAAAUAGGUGGAGAAAGUGGAAAAAAGAAUGAAGUUUGA